CCCCACAGGCACAUAUAAGCUCGGACACUUCCCCACGUUCUUCGUUCCCAACACUCAGCCGUCACUUUUUCUUCAGCCCUUCCCCACUUCUCUCUCUCUCUCUCUCUCUGGCCUCCCCCUCCUUCUAGGCGAUGCCGCAGGUGGAUCUGGAAGCUCUUGGCUCCGCCUGCGACGGCAAAAUCUCCUGCGAGACUGUCCCCGGCGGCGGUGGCGGCGGCCGCGGCGAUGCUCCAGAGGACGGCGGCUCUCGUCGGGAAGAGGCUCCUCCCGAUUCCUUCUUGCUCUCCAAGGACGCCGAGUUCGACUGGUUCGACCGCAACGCCUUCUACGAGCGCAGGGACUCCGCCAAGGCCAACUCCAAUUCCCCCGCCGUCGCCUCAAAUCCGAUCCUCAACUCCCCGACGAACUCCAACUCGCGACGAUCAUCAACGAACUUCAAGUCCAAAGCAUCGUUCCUCAGCCUCCCGAAGCCUCAGAACUCGCGCUUCGUCGACGCGAAGAGCCGGCGUCCCUGCAAAGCGGGAGGCAACGCGGGGUUCUUCCCGAAGCGGUCGGGAUCGGUGGGCAAGUCCGAUCCGUUGGCGGUCGAGCCGUCCUCGCCGAAGGUCUCGUGCAUGGGGAGGGUGAAAUCGAAGAAGGAAGCGAACCGGCGGAGGAGGUGCGGCGAGCCGGCUGGAAGGAGUAGAACCCGGCUAUUCGCGAGCCUCCGGGCAAUGUUUGAACCCGGUUGCAGGAAACGGCGGUCUGUUCUGGCUGACGUGGCUCAGACGGAGUCGCGUAGCUCCCGGGACGCGAGGAAGCAUCUGGCGGCGAGGGACGGGGACGCGCCACCUUCGGAUUCGCCGGCGAGGAAGAGCGUGACGGAGGGCGGGGAGCCGUCAGGUUUGGUCGGGAUGAAGAGGUUCACGUCCGGUAGGAGGUCGGACCCGUGCGGCGACGUGGCGUGACUGGAUUGGUGAAGUCGGGGUGGAGACUUUGGUUGGCGGGAGGUGGGCCGCCCGAAGAAAAUUCGUGUGCAUCCCUAACCGUGAGUGGCUGGCUGACCGGGUGGGGCCCAAAGUCGUUGGGGAUGGGUCGGGUGGGUUUCGUUGGGAUGACGUGGCACGUCGAAUUGCGCCGGUUGCAUCGCCUUUGCCUUGGGGAGAGGGAAAACUGGGAGGUAGCGUGGUUUUGACUGUAUACAGAAAGAGAGAGCAAAUACAUAAUUUCGUACUCUGCGUGUAAAUACGUUCUUUCUUAUCUUCAAUUACUGAGAUACUAUACUU